AUCACAGCACUUGACAACAUUAGAGAUAGAUCGAUCUCUAGGGCCAACACAGAUUGUGGCCCCAUAUAUCCGUUAUCUCAGUUUGACCAACUUUAAGUUGCCAUGUACUUUAGUCGAUGUCUCCUCUUUAACCGCAGCUAUACUAGAGACUAGCUUAUGCUUAUUUAAGAACCUGAAGUCAGAAGAUAUUCUAGUAGUGUUGCUAAAAAUGCUAGAGAAGUUGCGGGAUGUAGAGAAGCUUACUUUUAGUGCAAAAUUUCUCCAGACUUUAUCUCUUGCACUGGCGCUGGGACGUUGUCCUUUUCCGAGUGUCAAGGUCAACGAUUUGACUUUGGAGACAACUCUCUCUAGUGUUGAAUUUCCUGGCAUAGAAAAGCUUCUGCAAAACUCACCUGGAGUAAAGAAGCUAACUCUACACGUAAUGGAACCUGGAACCGUACCGCUAUUGAUACCUAUAAUGAACAUAGACUACCAGAAUCUGGAGUCGGAACAUGUGGUUUCCUUCAUCAAAGUUUUGCUUAAAUUCACAAAGACGUUAGAGAAGGUGGUCGUAAGGUUGGCAUGCUAUAUUGAUGGAAGAGGCUUUGAAGAAUUGCUUGGAAUGGUUUCGAUGCUUUCCCACGAGUACAAUGUCUCUAUUGUUCUUAGCUCAACCUGCCGAAUCAGAGGGCGUAGCCUUGAAUGUUAUUGA